AUGGUCUGGUUACCUGAUCUCGGACUUCAUCUUGGAACGACGCAAGGUUUUUUGCUGCAUGUUGACUGGCCCGCUGACGAUCAACCUAUAAGAGUCCGUCAUAUUAGCCUGCAUGCACCAGUUGGUGAACCGGCAUUUAGUCUUAUUGCUCAGUGGCCAAGUGGUUUGUGUGAUGCAAGUAUGGCCACUUCAGACAGAAGAAGGUUGGACGGUCGUUGCCUGGUUUACACAUUAGGUAGAGGUUACGCUGACCUGUGCGAAGUACUAACACCGGGUCAAGAUUUCCAGUGCCCUGAGAAAGUUCAUUCGAAAGCCAGAAUAACCACAGGAUCUAGGGAUUUCUUGAUAUCAUUAUUUCACGAUAAAUUCGUGUAA